AUGAGGAGGCUUCCUUCAGAGGUGCUACCCCUAGUGAUUUUGCAACUAUUGGUAGUAGUCGCUAGUGCAACUACUCGUUCCUUUGUCGGAACUCCAAAAAAUCCUGAAGUAGAAGGAGACAACCCACCACCCUCACAAUCUCAGUGUCAUGGCAAAUGCAACACUCCACCUUCCCAUGGGCAUCCACAACCGCCAUCUGAGCACCACAACCCACCACCUCCUCUACUUUCACCACCACAACAGUAUGAGCUAGAUCAUCAGGGUAGGCCUCCACUGCAAUACGAGAAUCCACGGCCAACUCAAAACAACGAGCCAGUUACUCCAUCCAUGAUUCAAAACAGUGAGCCAGUUACUCCAUCCAUGACUCAAAACAGCCAACCAGUUACUCCAUUCAUGACUCAAAACAGUGAGCCAGUUGCACCAUCCAUGACUCAAAACAGCAAGCCAGUUACUCCAUCCAUGACUCAAAACAGCAAACCAGUUACUCCAUUCAUGAUUCAAAAUAGUGAGCCAGUUACUCCUUCCAUGACUCAAAACAACAAGCUAGUUACUCCAUUCAUGACUCAAAACAGUGAGCCAGCUUGGUAUUACACAGUUACUCCAUCCAUGACUCAAAACAGUGAGCCAGUUACCCCAUCCAUGACUCAAAAUAGUGAGCCAGUUACCCCAUCCAUGACUCAAAAUAGCGAGCAAGUUACUCCAUGGAUGACUCAAAAUAGCGAUCCAGUUACUCCAUUCAUAACUCAAAACAGUGAGCCAGUUACUCCAUUCAUGACUCAAAACAGUGAGCCAGUUACUCCAUCCAUGACUCAAAGCAGCGAGCCAGUUACUCCAUUCAUGGAUUUCGGAAUGGCAUCUCCUCCGGAGAAUACCCUAUCUUUUGGUAACUGGCUAAAUCUUUUAGAUCUCUUUUGGUUCAGCACCGAAGUUCCAAUGCUAAAUUUGUGUUCUACACUUCUAAUGAAGUAG